ACAUAAUCUCUAUCUGUUCAUACUAAUGAUGUUGUUGUAUUGUAAUAACAUGUUUUCUGGAAAUUAACAUCUUUCAGUUAGGAAUACUUUAUUGUAUCCAGCAUUUCAAAAAAACAUUGACAUCGAGUUUUACAAAACAAUUAGAGUCCUAAAAUUGAUUUAAAGGAGCAUUACCGUCUCAUGUAGCUAAAUAAGACAAAGUAAAAAAAUACAAAUAAAAAUAAAACCUCAGUACCCUGCAAUGCAGUUAUAUUCAAUUUUAGUUCAAAUAAUGCCUACUAAAACUUGGGCAAUGUUAUAAUCGCACACUUACUACUCGUCUCUGUCUUGUUUCUUAUAUAUUGUUCAUAUAAGUCUACAAUUUUGAUUUAUUUGUCAUUUUAUCACCGCUGUUUCACUACUGAAACUUGUUAUCACAAGUCCUGGUCGCGUGUGAUGACGUAGUCCAUAACCGCCGACUAAUGAUGACGUAAGCGCCAUUGAAACCAAGGUCUGGCUACAGCGCAACACAGAAUAAACACCUGGAUUAUCCUCUAAAUUUUUGCAAAUGGAAUUUUAUGUAUAUGAAAAUGCUAUUUAUUCAGCGGAAUUUGGAUAAUAUUGUAGAUUUGUAUUCAUGUGCCUUUGUUGUUGUUAACUGCAAGACAGUUUUUUUGUUGUUGUUUUUUUUAACGUAACGCCAGGAACAUGGUGGAGUUUCCUCGGUAUGAACAGUAGGUUUUCAAUGUUCUUCUUACACUGAUUUUAUAUUCUUUAAUUUUCAUUCUACUUUACCGUCGUUUCGGAGCGGAUUCUCCGUGUUUGUUGUGUUCGCAACCACAGCAACAUGUGGUCGCCAUGGAGACGCAGGAAGCAGCGCAGGACUCCUCGUUCGCUCGGCGUUGUCAUUUUCAACACAAAACCAACCCUUCUCCCUUGAUCAAACCAUGCUUGGAACGUAAAUACAAUAGGAAAUUUUAAUCAUGCAAAACUGAGUUAAUUCGUAAGCUGAGCCGACGUCACGGCAGCCAAAUGGGCUCCAUGGAGAGAAAAUACGAGCUGUGUGGGCCUUUUCUACCAAGGAGGCACCCCUCAUUGAGGACGAGUGCUGAGAUAGUGGGCGAAGCGAGAAGGAUCCUCAGAGCUCAGUCCACCCAGAGGCCAUACACCCCCCAGGAUGCGAACAGGCAGCUUUUUCCAAGAAGUUCUGUUCGUGCAGACCACAGCAACAGACCUUCCUCUACCUUCAGUCUCCAUUCUCAGAAUUUCUAUGUCGGAGACUCCCGGCCAAAUUCAGGGACUCGCCUAUCUCCACUGGAGCAUAAUAGAAAAAUUUCCAUUCCAGGCUGUGAUGACAUUUCAAAGUCAUCUCCCAAACCACCCACUGACCCACUGGACACCAAAAUAGGGCUGGGACGAACACGGGCGCGCCUUUUCAGGGCAUCAUCACUCACCACGUUGCCUCCUUUACCAGCACACACAGAUGAACGGGCAAAAAAGCUGCCGUCAGACCAAGCUUUUGUCUGCGGGGAUCAUAAGGAAUUCUUGGGUGUGCCUCACUUCACCACACCACGCAGAAGUCAGAGUGAAAGCAGACUAUCUCAGUCUAGUGUUGAUAGUGGAUUGGGAAGCACGGAUGGCCGAACAGGACACCGAACAGAUUUGAGUGGGAGUGGAAAGAACAACACAAAUGCAGGCGCAGACUCACGCUGGGAUAGGAUAGCGCCGCUUCUACAGCAGCUAAAGGCCGCAGUUGCAGGCGGUAGCUGUGAAGACUCCCCGGAACAUUUAAGUGAUGUGUGCGCCUCCCUUUACGACGCCUUGGCGGAAGCGGCCAUGUUGGGCCCUCACCGCUGUAAGAAGCGCUCCAGCAUUUUGCGAACGCUCUUCCGACUCAUCGACCUCAACUCCCCGCGACUCCACAUGCGCGUUGCCGAGCUGUGCCUUGCCUUACACGUCAGUGGGAACAACCUGCUCAACAUCUGCAAGCUCAUCUUCCAGAUCAGUCGCAAUGAAGCCAACGAUGUCCUAUUCCAGAACAAUUCAGUCCUAGACUCGCUGCUGGGUCUGAUGCUGCGUGAGGACGUGCACACAUGCGGCGAAGCGCUCUUUUACUGUGCCGGAACGUUGAAAUUUCUCUCAGGGAACGCCGUUGUCGUACACCUCCUGCUGGACAAGGACUGCAUGGGCACGGCUAGCCGUUUCAUUCAGAAGCUACGAAUGGUGGAUGACGCUUACGUGGCGAUUGCCGGGCACAUCCUUGUACAGAUGACCGCCACCUUACGAAACCUGUCAGACCACACCGAGGCACGUCCCCUUUUUGUCUCCCAAUCCUUGAUUUCGGAGCUUUGCUUGGUUCUGCAGCGCUAUCGGACGGACCGUGACGUGUGCACUAAUGUAUCCAGGAUCUUCAGUAAACUCUCCUCGUACUCGGAGUGCCGUCUCGCUCUGGCGCAAACCCCCGACUGCUACCAACUAUUUUUAGAACUCCUGACCAAACAUAGCCGAAAACAGGACUUGGUGGUGCGCCUCCUCUUCACGCUUGGCAACCUGACGUCCAAGAGCGACGAUGCGCGCUACCAGCUCUUCCGCUGCGAGGCGUCCACGGACACACUCCUGCGUCUGUACGGAGACUACCAGCCGAGGGUAGGGGACUUUUCAAGGGAGGCCGAGGACGUGCUGGUGAAGCUGGUCCGCGUGCUCGCCAACAUGUGCAUCCACGAGGAAGUGGGCACGGCGCUGGCCGGCAACGACAAGUGCGUCCGGCUGUUGAUGGAGACACUGGAGCUGAGGUCUGUUGAUGAGAACGAGGAACUGAUGGUAAACACGGCGGCCGCCAUCAACAACCUGACGUUCUACCACAAAGAAAGCUUGGUGCUUAAAUGCAAUCAGCUAGAUGUCGCUCAGCUCAUGCUGAAGUUGGUGCUGAGCUCCAACAUGGCCGCCAUGCACGAAGCCACCCGCGUCUACGGGAACUUGUCGCAGUCCAAAGAUGUGCGGGACUUUAUCAUGCACAACAAAGUCCACAGAUUUGUGGUGACACUUUUGGAUUCUAAGAAUCCAGACGUCUGCUUCUCGGCCUGCGGGGUCCUCACCAACCUGGCGCUGGACCCUCCCAACAGAGCCUGUCUCUCACUGGAGGGGGCUUCCACCAAGUUGACGGACUGCCUAAGAGACUUGGGAGCAGGUGAUUGGCAGUUGUCGGCUCAGCUGUGUCAGGCCUUGUGGAACAUGAGCGGUGGAGACGCCCCUGAGAAACUGCUGGACGCGCAGGAUAGGCAGUCGCUACUGGAGAUCCUCACGUCCUAUUUGGAUGAAAACGUGGCUCUCAAAUGGACGGAAAACAAGGAUUACAGCAGUGCAUCAUGGGAGUUGGAGUUCUGCCCUGUUGCACAAAAACUUCAUCAAGCAUUGUCAAUGAAAUGUGAAUAAUAUAUAACAUACAUGUUGUGUACCAAUACAAAAAUUGUGAAUGUUUUAAAGUUUCGCUGCCAUUCUAAAAAUCCUAUCAUGUGACUUAUUUUAAAGCACUUUAACGUCCAUCUUCACAUAUCUUUACAACAGUUUGCACAUUUAAAUAACAAACCUUGGUUUUGUGUGAGUGUGUGCGUGUCAAAUCUGAUGGAAAUUGAUGAGUCACCUGGAUCUUCCUUGCUAAGAAAAUGUUUUAUAGACAUGUAAACAAAUAAAAAGCACAAGAAGCAGGAAAUGUGGUCGCCUCUCAAAGCCUUUAUUAUUAUCAUUAUUCAUGUUACACAGACACGGGGCCAGGCAGUGCUUACAAGUCGCCUAAAAGUACAGCAUUUUCAAAGUCACAUGGUUGUUACAUCAACACAAAUCAGGAACAGCACUUCAUGUUUCAAGAUUAGAAAAAAAAACCUUUACAUCUCAUUAAAACAUUGAUAUAAAAUAUUAGCCGGCUGAUAGCAAUUUUUCAAAUCCGAAAUGAGAUGUCAAGGUAGUUUAGGGGUGAGGGUUGAUGAUUGUGCUGGUGAUGAUGUCACGACUCUUAACCGGAGAAGUCGUUUGAUUGAAUUUAGCGGCCUCACACAUCAUUUUUCAAGGUGAGGUGUAACAGAGGCAAGCAAGACACGCUUCUAAUUCAAAAGAUUGGACUUGAACUGCGUUGAAUCAGUGUUUGUAAGUGUGCCAUCCUGCUGAGACAUGACUCGAUGUAACCAAAAAGGUUCAGAAUAAGAGAACGCUACAAAUGAUACACAACAAUUCAAUAGCAUAGUUUUAUUUUUUUGUCCAUUUUUUUCAUAGAUUUUGUAUAAAAAGAAAAAAAGUGUCAGUAACUGACGUCAGUCAGGAGAUUCGAAAAACAAAAAAAGCUCCACUUUCUUCCCACUCCUUUCCAACGGUACCAUCCUUUUUGUCGAAACCUCCGCGCCAUCAUGAAAGGAACGCAGCAUUUACCGCUUUUAGUCAACGAAAUUGUUUCAUCAAAACAAAAGCUGAUUUUUUUUUUUGCACUAGUCAGGCUUGGAACAAGCACAGCUACAAAUGAUGGCGGGC